CUGUCUAACAGGUGGACAGUUGGCGCUUCAAACCUUAGAAGAAGACAGCAGCUGUAGCAACGGAAGAAAAUCAGGUUCGGCGGCUUGUCGGCUCUUUUACUCGAACAAAAAUAAAUCAUGCUGCUUCGUAAGGUGAGCCAGUCUUCCGCGGUAUGCGGAUCUAUUCUCAGGAAUCCUGCCGUGCUGUCGGGAGGUCAGCGCCAAGCUGCGAUUGUACUCGCUGUACCAAACGGUCGAUUCUACGCAAGUCAAGCUACUCAGGCCGUGUUGGAGAAACCUGCAGCGGUCGGCAGCGAUGCUGGUUCUAAAGUGGAGAAGAAGGCCGUCGCUGCUGAAUCCAAAUCGUUUGCCGUCAACAUGUUUAAAGGACAAAUUGCAACAGCUCAAGUGUUCCCUUUCCCUAAAGCCCUGAACGAGGAGCAAGAGCAGUUCCUCCAGGAGCUCGUGGGCCCAGUCAGCAAGUUUUUUGAGGAGGUGAACGAUCCUGCGAAGAACGACGCUCUGGAGAAGGUGGAGGAUCACACCAUGGAGGGUCUGAAGGAGAUGGGGGCCUUCGGCCUGCAGGUCCCGGCUGACCUGGGGGGCCUUGGCCUCUCAAACACCCAGUACGCUCGCCUGGUUGAGAUUGUCGGCGGUCACGAUCUGGGAGUCGGCAUCACACUGGGAGCUCACCAGUCGAUCGGCUUUAAGGGAAUUCUGCUGUUUGGAAACAAAGCCCAGAAGGAGAAGUACCUGCCCAAACUCGCCUCAGGUGAGCACAUGGCCGCUUUCUGCCUGACUGAACCCGCCAGCGGCUCCGACGCCGCCUCCAUUAGGACCACGGCUCUCGUCUCCUCCUGUGGAAAUUUCUUCACUCUGAAUGGCAGCAAGAUCUGGAUCAGCAAUGGAGGUCUGGCUGAGAUCUUCACCGUCUUUGCCAAGACUCCCAUGAAGGAUCCUAAAACCGGAGAGAUGAAGGACAAGAUCACAGCUUUCAUUGUGGAGAGGAGCUUUGGAGGCGUCACACACGGACCCCCGGAGAAGAAAAUGGGCAUCAAGGCGUCCAACACGGCCGAGGUCUACUUCGAAGACGUUCGCGUGCCGGCCGAUUGCGUUCUGGGCGAAGUGGGCGGCGGCUUCAAAGUGGCCAUGAACAUUUUGAACAACGGUCGCUUCGGGAUGGCGGCCGCCCUCUCGGGCACCAUGAAGAGCGUCAUGGCCAAAGCUAUCGAUCAUGCAGCCAACAGAACCCAGUUUGGGAACAAGAUCCACACCUACGGAGCCAUCCAGGAAAAGGUGGCCCGCAUGGCCAUGCUGCAGUACGUGACCGAGUCAAUGGCCUACAUGGUCAGCGGGAACAUGGACAGCGGCGCCAAAGACUUCCAGAUAGAAGCUGCCAUCAGCAAGAUCUUUGCCUCUGAAGCUGCUUGGACCGUGACAGACGAGAGUAUUCAGGUCAUGGGAGGGAUGGGUUUUAUGAAGGACUCCGGAGUGGAGCGGGUGAUGAGGGAUCUGAGGAUUUUCCGAAUCUUUGAGGGAACCAACGACAUCCUGAGGCUCUUCGUGGCGCUCAACGGGUUCCAGAACGCCGGGAACCAGCUGAAGAGCUUACAGAGGGCCCUGAAGAACCCCUUAGGCAACGCCGGGCUGCUAGCAGGAGAGAUCACAAAGAGAGCCAAAAGAAAGGCAGGUCUGAGCACAGGUCUGACUCUGCAGGGAAACAUCCACCCUGACCUGGCACAAAGUGGAGACCUGACGGUGAAAGCCAUCGACCAGUUCGGCGCCGUCAUCGAGGAGCUGUUGGUCAAACACGGCAAGAAGAUCAUCGACGAGCAGUUUGUUCUGAAGAGAGUCGCCGACUGCGCCAUCGACCUCUACGCCAUGGUGGUCGUCCUGUCCAGGGCUUCCCGCUCUCUGAGUCAGGGCCAACAAUCAGCUCAGCACGAGAAGAUGCUGUGUGACACCUGGUGCAUGGAGGCUUAUGACCGGGUCAUGCAGGACAUUAAGCUGCUGCGCUCCAGUCAGUCCAAACAGCUCUUCAACAACUUGCGGUCCAUCUCUGCUGCUGUGGUGGACAACGGCGGCCCGGUGUCUCCUCACCCGCUGGGUUUCUAAAGCCCCACUCACUCUCUGUCACAUGCAUCUCUGUAUUUUAUUAGUUUUUUUUCUAUCUCUCUCUCUCUCUCUCCAACUUUUCUGGAUUUCUAAAUCCGAUCUUGAAUGCCAAGUCCAGCCAGAAUUGACCCAUUUUAAUAAUACAUCUAUUUCAGUCACAUCGCUUUUUCUUUUUUCUUUUUUUUUUUUUGUUGGUCAAAGACAAACAGUUAAGCCUCGACUCAUUUCUCACUUUUUGAACUUGUGUCAAACUUGAACCGGUGUGUGUCUGAUGCAGCAGACGGUUGAAUAUGUGCAGGGAGCUUGUAAAUAGACUGUAGCUGACUGAUCAAUAAUUCACAGCUAAAGUACGAACAUGUGCAGUUUUAACAAUAACUCGGCACAAUGUGACUCAUGGUAACUCGGGCAACAGGAACGUCUAAAUUAAAAAUCAGUUUAGGCUCUAAACUGAGUUUUUUUUUUUUUGGAGGGCAUAUUUCAACGAUUUUCUUUCUAUUGUUUUUUUAUGUACCGUACAUUUGCCUAUAUUGUGUGUAAUGUAUUUAAGAAUGUGCUUUGUUUGUACUUAAAGGCCUUUCUGCAUGUGAAGCUCUUAUAAACACAAUAUCGGAUUGAAACUUUUGCCUUAGAUUCUGAUGGAGUUUCCUGCUGUGCCGUGACUCGACUCAAAACUCAUCAAUGCAGCCGCCAGUUCUCAAGGGCAAACGUUAGGAAUCCUCAAGUGUAAUCGUGGAACAUGUACUGUCAUCUGCAUAUUUAAUUUGAAGGUAAAAGUGCGUACGUAUUUUGGAAGCCUGGGUUUAUCAUAUGUAUAUUACAUGCUAAUAUUUAUAUUGAGUGUAACAGCUGUUGGACCUGAUCACAUUGGAGGAGUUUGGCGUGAUUAAAUAUGCUCACAAUGUUCUGCUCUCUUUGUGACAUGCUAGUUAGAUUAAUCGAUUAAUCUAGGAGUGUGUUUAUCCAUAAACUUAUCUGCCUCAUCAAAAAUACGCGUGGACCUCGGUGCACUUGCAACAUGUCAUUAAACACGCAUCUGCUGAGCUUUGA